AUGCUGCUGCCUCUCCUGCUGGUCAUCGGGACUAAGGAGGCAGACUGUGCCUUUGUGCUGCUGCUGAUGGCCGUGCUGUGGGUGAGCGAGGCCGUUCCUCUGGCCGUCACCGCCUUGUUCCCCGCCGUCCUUUUCCCGCUCUUUGGAAUCAUGAGGUCAUCUGAGGUGGCCUCGGUGUACUUUAAAGACUUCCACUUCCUUCUGAUUGGCGUCAUCUGUCUGGCCACCUCCAUCGAGAAGUGGGGGCUGCAUCGCAGGAUCGCUCUGCGUCUGGUCACUGUGGUGGGAGUCAGGCCGGCCUGGCUGAUGUUGGGUUUCAUGACCGGCUGUGCAUUCCUCUCCAUGUGGGUCCACAACACCUCAGCCGUCGCCAUGGUGAUGCCCAUCGCUGAGGCCGUGCUGCAGCAGAUCCCCCGGUCGUCCAUAGACUCGGACGGAGAGGACAACCGCAGCUUUCAGGCCGACGGUGAAAAAGGAGACCGCCUGCUGUGCAAAGCCAUAUGUCUGGGCAUCGCCUAUUCCUCCAACAUCGGUGGCAUCAGCACACUGCUCGGAACCUCUCCUAACCUCAUCUUCUUCGAGUACCUUCACCACGUGCUCAUGCUGCUGCUGACCUGGGCCUGGCUCUUCAUGGGCUCAGAAGAUCCGGGGUUCAUUCCAGGCUGGAUAUCUCUCUUUCCCCAUUAUUCAGGCUACAUCACUGACGCCACUGUCGCACUAGUGCUGGGGCUUCUCUUCUUCAUUGCACCUGCCCACGGACCCUCCAAGAAAUAUGAUACCAUGAUCUCGUGGAAGGAGUUCCAGGCCGCGAUGCCUUGGACCGUGGCGCUGCUCGUUGGCGGAGGUUUUGCGAGUCGGGGCUGUCCAUGUGGUUGGCUGGGCGACCUCCCGGUGUUGGCUACGAUCACCGUGGCCUGUCUCAUUGUCACCGCUUUAACCGAAGUAGCUAGCAACGCAGCCACCGUCACCAUCUUCCUCCCCAUCCUCUCUCCUCUGGCUGAAGCGAAAGGGUUACAAAGCAACCCUUUGUACAUCAUGAUCCCUACUCUCUGCACGUCUUUCUCCUUCCUGCUCCCGGUGUCUAACCCUCCCAACGCCGUGGUGUUUGCCUAUGGACACCUGAAUGUGAUGGACAUGGUGAAGGCAGGUCUUGGAGUGAAUGUUAUUGGGGGGCUGUGUGUGAUGUUGGCUGUAUCCACAUGGGGGGUCCCUCUCUUCUCACUGGAGACUUACCCAGACUGGGCCCCGGUCCUUCCCACAUCCAACACCACAUUGCCUUAA